CCGCCCUCUCGCUUCCGGAAGUAGAAGGGCCCGGCGUUUCCAUGGCGGCGUCCUUGGGGCAGGUGCUUGCUCUGGUGCUGGUGGCCGCACUGUGGGGUGGCACGCAGCCGCUGCUGAAGCGGGCCUCCUCCGGCCUGCAGCAGGUGCAUGAGCAGACGUGGGUCCGGCAGCUAUUGCAGGAGAUGAAGACUCUCUUCUUGAAUACUGAGUACCUGAUGCCCUUUCUCCUCAAUCAGAGUGGCUCCCUUCUCUACUACUUGACGUUGGCAUCAACAGAUCUGACGUUAGCUGUGCCCAUCUGUAACUCUCUGGCCAUUGUCUUCACACUGAUGGUUGGGAAGGUCCUCGGAGAAGAUGUUGGUGGGAAAGAAGCAGUGGCCGGCAUGGUACUCACCAUCACAGGGAUCACACUGUGCAUCACAAGCUCAGUGAUCAAGACCCAGGACCAACCCUGAUCUUCAGCUCUGCUGUGCUCAGCGGAUGCUAGGCACUGAGGUGCAGGCAGUGAUCCGCCAGCUCGCCUCUCUCAUCUCUCAGAUCGCACCUACCUCAGGGGUCACAAUAAGAAAUGCACUGUCCAGAUAGCCAAGGCUACUCAGAAACCCUGCCUCAAAAACGCAAACAGACAAAGGACAGUACUGGGCAGGUUUUGCAACCUUUACUGGGUUCCUUGAUUGAGAUUUAGCACUGGAGCCAGGCAUGGUGGAGCACGCCUUUAAUCCCAGCACUCAGAAGGCAGAGGCAGGUGGACCUCUGUGAGUUUGACAUCAGCCUGGUACAGAGCAAGUUCCAGGAUAUCCAGGGCUACACAGAGAAACUCUGUCUUGAAAAAACAAAAAGAAAAAAAAAAAAGCAUUAAAAGGAUUUAGCAGUGGAGACUGAACAGACCCUUAGUGCCUCUGCCCUGCAGCCAUCUUCUCUUCCUGCUGCCACCUGAGGCAGUGUUGCCCAGCCUCCAUUACCUGACCUGCUCUAGACUGUCAGCAUCCACAGCGCCUCCACUACAGGGAAAGGGCUGGCUGCAGUCUCAACCAGGAAUGGCCAGAAGCCCCCACAGCUCCACUACAGUGCUUUGGCAGACUGAUGGUGGAAUUCGGGGACUGGGGUUACAUCAGGUGGAAGAAAAACAAGCUGGCCCUGGGCAGAAUGCUCAACUGCCAGUCCCUCAAGUAGACAGCGGUGUGCCGAGCAGCACCUAGCUGCAGCAAACAUCUGGCCAGUAGCAGCUUUCAAUAAAUCCACAGCAAACAAA